UCUCAUGUCAAGUCGCACUCGGAAGUCCACACUGACGGAAUCAAUCCACAGACCACAAACAAACCUCUGUUGCUAUUUUACCUCAAACGGAGUGUUUAUGGGGGAAACCAAGGCCGUAUAAGAAUAAAUAUACUUUAUAAUUUAACUACCAUCUUUCAAACGCGCAAAGAUGUCUGAGGAUCUGCUGAAACAGCUGAGUAGCUACAAGGCCCAGCUACAGCAGGUGGAGGCGGCACUCAGCACCGACCAGGAGAAUGAAGACUUACUGAAACUACAGAAGGACUUACAGGAGGUGAUUGAGCUGACUAAGGACCUGCUGACGCAGCAGCCGGCUGAGGGGGGUUCGGGUGCGCAGAGCUCCGAGACCGAAACACACACAUGCAGCUGGAGCGUCGGGGACAAGUGCAUGGCCCUCUGGAGCCAGGACGGACAGUGGUACGAGGCUGAACUGGAGGAGGUGGAUGUGGAGAAUGGAACCGCUGCGGUGACGUUUUCGGGUUACGGGAAUGCGGAGGUUGUGCCACUACACGCACUCAAAGAACCGCACGAGGGACGCACGCCGGACGAGGACAGCAACAAAGCCAAGAGCAAGCGAGAGAUCAUCCAGGAGCAGCGUGAGUAUAAGAAGAAGAAAGCCCAGAAGAAGGUGGCCCGCAUGAAGGAGAUCGAACAGGAGAGGGAAGACCAGAAGAGCAAAUGGCAACAGUUCAACAACAAGGCCUACAACAAGAACAAGAAGGGACAGGUGAAGCGCAGCAUCUUUGCGUCUCCUGAGAGUGUGAACGGCAAGGUGGGUGUGGGCACGUGUGGCAUCGCCGACAAGCCCAUGACACAGUACAGCGACUCGGCCAAAUACAACGUACGCCACCUCAUGCCUCAGUGACCCACACACACACCACCGCCAUCUCAGGGCUGUGUGUGUGUGUGCGUGUGUGUGUGUGUGUGUGAAGGAGAGAGCGAGAGAGAGAGCGCGAGAGUGUGUGUGUGUGUGUGUGUGUGUGUGUGUGUGUGUGUGUGUGUGUGUGUGUGUGUGUGCGUAAGGAACACUGUGUGUGCGUGAGUGACACUGACUGUGCGAGAGACUUGGCUGUGUUUGGAAAGUCAUCAGUGUAAUGUACAGAGUGUGUGUGUGUGUGCGCGUGUGUGUUUAUGUUUAUUGUGUUUAUUUGUUAGUGUAAUAAUGGGUCUUUUAUUUGCGCCUCAGACGUCUCUUUUGAUUUUGUAUUUACAGCAGGCACAAUAAAUGAUUUUGAUGACUGAUAA